AUGGAAAACUUCUCAAUUGCGGUCAUCACUGGUGGCACCGGCGAUAUCGGGUUAGCAAUCGCCAGACAUUUAGCUCAGACACACUCAAAGAUCAUUCUUCUGGACAUUGAUCCGGACAAAUCUCGCCAGUCUAUUCUCAAUUUCCCUCCAGAAAUCAGUGAAAAGAUAACCGGUGUUAAAUGUGACGUGACCAAUCCAUCGGCAUUAUCUCAGGCAGUUGAAAUCGUGCUCUCUAUCAAAGGCGCGAGUUUAAAGACACUCAUCAAUAAUGCAGGCGGCACAAGAGUUGCAUCCCUUCAAGAAAUGACUCCUUCAGCCUGGAAAGCAGAAAUAAGCUUGAACCUUGAUGCCGCCUAUUUUUGCUUCAAUGCAUUUGCGGAAGCCCUCAUACAAAGCUCCGAAGCAUCCAAGAGCGUUAUAAACAUUUCUUCCGCAAAUGGAAUACUCGGAACAUUCGGUAAUCCAGCAUAUAGUACUGCAAAAGCAGGCCUCAUCCAGUUCACGCGAACUAUAGCCGUAGAAUACGGCAAGUAUGGGAUUAGGGCUAAUGUAGUUGCACCAGGAACUGUCAUGACGGAUGGUUGGAAAGCGAAAAUGGAAAGUAAUCCGAACGUGUUUGAGGACCUAAAGAAAUGGUAUCCUUUAAACAGGUUGGUGGACGUUGAUGAAGUAGCCGGCGCUGUGGCAUUUUUGGCGAGUGAGCAAGCUACAGGGAUAAAUGGAGUUUGCUUGCCAGUUGAUGGAGGGUUGACGGCCGGGAUGCCGCCUGUUGCAAGGAAUUUUGGUGUGAGCGAUUAUCUGUGA